AUGGCGGAGCUUCCAUCGGAAGUAAUCACCGAAAUCCUCUCACGUGUUCCGGCCAAACCUCUCCUCCGCCUCCGCAUCAUCUGCAAGUGGUGGCGCUCCCUUAUCGACAGCACCGACUUUGUUUUCUUCCACCUAAGCAAAUCUCGAGAUUCCAUUAUCAUUCUCCGGCAACACUCUCGUCUCUUCGAACUGGAUUUGAACUCCAUGGAUAGAGUUAAGGAACUCGACCAUCCUCUCAUGUGUUAUAGUAACCGCAUCAAGGUCUUAGGCUCCUGCAACGGCCUUCUAUGCAUCUGCAACAUCGCCGAUGAUAUCGCUUUCUGGAAUCCUUCAAUCCGUAAGCAUCGGGUUAUUCCAUCGGAACCACUCAUCCGUAAAGAACCUAAGGAAAACAACGCGAUAACUACUCUAUUGGCUGCUCGUGUUUACGGAUUCGGUUACGAUUCGUUUUCCGGCGAGUAUAAAUUGGUUAGCAUUUCGUAUUUUGUGGAUCUUCAUAAUCGUAGUUUCGAUUCGCAUGUUAAGAUUUAUACAAUGAGAACUGAUGUUUGGAAAACCCUAACAAGUAUGCCUUAUGCUCUAUGCUGUGCUAGAACCAUGGGGGUUUUUCUUUCUGGUGCGUUGCAUUGGGUUGUAACUCGAGAUCUUGAACCGGAUUCGCUUGAUUUGAUUGUUGCGUUUGACCUAAGGUUUGAGGUUUUUCGGGAAGUGAAACUUCCUGCGAAUGUGGAUGGGAAGUUUGAUAUGGAUGUGGCGGUGUUGAGAGGGAUGCUUUGUAUGAUUGAGAAUAGAGGGAGUAGAGGUUUUGAUGUUUGGGUUAUGAGAGAGUAUGGAUUAGUUGAAUCGUGGUGUAAAUUGUUUACUGUGGAACAACAGCCUGAUGUUAAGUUGAUAAAAUCUUUGAGGCCUUUGGGAUAUUCAAAAAAUGGGGAUAAGGUUCUGUUUGAGCAAGAUAGUAAGAAGCUAUGUUGGUAUAACCUUGUUAGUACAGAUUUGAGUUGGGUUAGAAUUUCAGGAAUGCCCAAUAACAUUGAAGGAACUGUUUGUAUUGGAAGCCUCGUCCCUCCUAGUUUGCAGCGUCGAAAUGUUCAAAGCAAAAAUCCGAAAUCCGGGGACGAAAAGAAUAAGAAAAGGGAUGACUUCCUGUCCAAGGGAUUCAAAUUAACGCUGUAA